ACUGUGAGCUCAGACAGUGUGAGAGACGAGCCUCGCGACCACCUGCUAAACUCUCUAACGGUUAUCAGUUAACGGUGACGGGCUAACGGCUAGCAGCUAACCAGCUAACUAACAAACGGAACACUUCAGCAUCCAGUGGAGAUAACGAUUGACGGUUUGGUUGUUCAGGUUGACAGUCAAGCAGUUCUAUAAUGGAGGAGCUUCACGACGUCCAGCUGACUGAGAUCAAACCUCUUCUGACAGGACAGAAUGGGAGAAAUCUACAGGACUUUGACUGUCAGGAUGUCUGACUCUCUGGAUUUGCACCAGAUCUCCUGUUCUUUAGGAGUUGGGGUGGAGCACGAUGUGGAAACAGCCCACGGUGUGCUGCACGUUACCAUGAGGGGAGUUGCUAAGGGCAACCGACCCACAAUCCUCACCUACCAUGACAUCGGACUCAACCAUAAGUCUUGUUUCAACAGCCUGUUCAACUACGAGGACAUGCAGGAAGUCACACAGCAUUUCUCCGUUCUGCAUGUUGAUGCGCCAGGACAGCAGGAGAACGCUCCUGUGUUCCCCACCGGGUACCAGUACCCCACCAUGGAUGAGCUGGCGGAGAUGCUGCCAUCUGUCCUGACACAGCUUCAGGUGAAGAGUGUGAUUGGUAUCGGUGUUGGAGCUGGAGCCUACAUCCUCACCAAACUGGCUCUGAAUGAGCCCACUCUGGUGGAGGGAUUGGUUCUGAUCAACGUGGACCCUUGUGCCAAGGGCUGGGUGGACUGGGCUGCUGCUAAGCUGAGCGGCUGGACGAGCAACGUGGUGGACAACAUCAUGGCACAUCACUUCAGCGCUGAUGAGUUAACAGACAACAUGGAGAUCGUCCAGACGUACAGACUCCACAUCUCUCAGGAUAUACCACAGGAGAACCUGACCAUGUUCUACAACAGCUACGACAGCCGUACUGAGUUGCAGAUGGAGCGGCCCCUCGUUGGGCUGAAUGAAGACACUGUCAACACACUCAGGUGUAUCUCUCUGCUGGUGGUUGGAGACACGUCGCCUGCUGUUGAUGUCGUGGUGGAGUGUAACUCCAGACUGAACCCCACCAAGACCACCCUGCUCAAGAUGGCAGACUGUGGAGGACUCCCUCAGGUGGUGCAGCCUGGAAAACUAGCAGAGGCCUUCAAGUAUUUUGUCCAGGGGAUGGGCUACAUCCCUCAUGUUGUAUUAAACCGCCUGAGCAGCCAAUCAGUGCCUACAGCUGGUAUGACCCGGCUGGUGCGCUCCAGGACUCACUCGGCCUCCAGCGUUGGCUCGGCUGAGGGCGUCCGCAGCCGCAGUACCACCAACACACUGCCAGAGGGCGCCACCAUGCCGGGACACAUGGCAGAACAGACCAUCGAGAUGUCUGCGUAGGACUCUCCCUCCUCUGUUCUCGCUCUCUUUACUCCUCUUCCUCUUCUUCUCCUCUUCCUCCCGAGGCUGCGUGCACCUGAAACUCUCCUCUGUGUCGGACGCAGCCAAACAUUUCUAACGUUGUAGUCGUUCUUCCUGAUAAUGAAAAGGUCACAUCUAACGUGUAAAGUAGGUUAAAAAAGAACCCCGUUGCUCUCUAGGACGCUGGUGUUGGUAACUUCCUGCUCCCCGGAGCCAUGCUGUUGCCGUGGUGACGCUGUAGAUGUAACUGUACAUGGAGCUGGUUCAUAUUUACAUUCAGUUGUGUUUUCAGUAGACUGACCAGACUUUCAUUUCUCUUCCCUUAGUUUGGGCCUGAUCCCGUCUUCUUUUUAUUAUUACUCUUAUUAUGAUCGUUAUUAUUCGUUAUGACUCUUGUUGUUGGUGUUGUUUGCUAUGAAGCUCAUUUCUGAAACUCUUUUCCUCAAAACGCGGAAAGUUAAAGGGACUAUUUCACCAAAAUAAGACACUCACUACUGCCCUGGAAUGCCAGACAAAAGAUCUAUUUUGUAUGACUUAAUGUAGGAAGUUUAUUGAUAUUAUGACUGCAAAAUAAUAUUAAAAUAUCUCAAAUACAAUCAUAUAUGAAGCUACACCGCAUUGGGGCCGUUGUACAAAAAUUAAAAGGGAAGGGGUUUUUAAUUACAGGGAAGAACAAUAAAGAUAAAAGAAAAAAUGAGAAUAAAAAUGUUAAAUUUACAAGCAAAAACGAAUCAAUCGUCACUAAACCUCAGUGGAUAACAAUAUAGUUUAUAGCAGCUGCAGUCGGUCCCUAUUUCAUCAGCAUGUCUUUUUCUACAACUUAAAGGAAAUGUGUGUCUGUGAUUCCAGGCUUCAGAGGGUUAAGUGAUUGAUCCUGAAACGCAUCACUUUUUAAAAGCUGAACUUUACUUUAUCCUCUGGAGGGGAUCCUGAAGUGCUCCUCGUCUGUUCCUGUACUUUACUUAGUGUGGCUUCCUGCAGCCGCCCGGCUCUGUUCCCUCGGCCCGUCAGCAGCAUGCUCGUCGUGGAGUGUUGGCAUGCAGUCUGUACCGUGCCGUCAGCCUAGUGAGUCCCUGAGAUGUUGCUCAGCUGUGAAACUCUCAACUCAACAAACCUCCUCGUAAAAAAAACAACAUAGACGCUUAAACUUGAUCCCCCCCCCCACGUUGUGUUGCCGUUUUGUUUCUCUGGACUGAAAGGGUUGUUGAUUAUUGAAUUGAAUAGCUACUUGGCUAGUGACAUUGAUUUAAUAAAUUGCACUUUAAAUGUCACUGUUGGAGAAGUGGGAGACAUGCGGCCAUGCUGCUCGUCCCGUUGACGGUGGUUGACUGGUCGAUGCUGGUUUCUGUAGUGACAGGCUCUGAUGCUGAACCUUCCCGUACUGAUUACACGUUAAGAGAUCUGCUCUCUGCUGUCCCCUGCUGGAGGACUGAAGAGCAGCUCCCGGAACAGGAAGUACAUCCUGGUGUUUGACUUAAAUUACUGAACACUUCUGUGAGGGGGGGGGGGGGGGGGUUCUGACCGAACUGGGUCGACCGCAGACUGACUCAGUCAAACAUUAACUCAUGUUACUCUAUAUAAACACAAACUGUAUUCCUGCCGUCUGUUACUGUUAUAAUAUUUAUUACUAGAACUAUUACUUUUGGGAUUUGUACUGAAGCAUUGGUAGCUGUUCUUUUGAGGUUUGUUGUUCCAUGACUUUUAUUGUAAACAAGGUUUGUAAUGAAAUAAAGCUCGUUAAUAUCCAAAA